AGCACCGACUGGCAUUAGCAAGUCCAUUCAAACUUCACACAACUGUCCCGAAAAUGGCCUCAGUCGAUGCAUGUAAAGUGUCUUCUCUGAAGGGGAAAGUGACCCUGAUUACGGGGGCCAGCUCUGGUAUCGGGGCGGGAACAAGUGUCCUGUUCGCCAAACUUGGAGCCUUAUUGGCUCUGAACGGCCGCGACGUGGACAAUCUUAAGAAAAUAGCAAAACAAUGCACCGACUGUGGCGCUGCAGAGCCCUUGCUUGUACCUGGAGACCUCACAGAUGAGGAGACGGUGAAAAAGACAGUGGAGCAGACUAUUGCUCACUUUGGGCGGCUGGAUGUUUUAGUUAACAGUGCUGGGAUCUUGGCCAUGGGCAGCAUAGAGACUACUAACCUGGCCGAGUAUGACAAGGUCAUGAACGUUAAUGUCAGAUCUAUAUUCCAUCUGACUCAAGUUUGUGUGCCGCACUUAAUCAAGACCAAAGGCUCCAUCAUCAAUGUUUCCAGUGUCAAUGGACAGAGAUCAUUCCCUGGUGUGCUUGCCUAUUGCAUGUCGAAGUCUGCCAUUGACCAGUUCACAUGCUGUACAGCACUUGAGCUGGCAUCGAAACAAGUCAGAGUGAACUCUGUGUGCCCAGGUGUGAUUGUCACAGAGGUGCACAAGAGAGCAGGACUGGAUGAGGAGCAGUACGCUCAGUUUCUUGCAAAGUGUAAACAGACCCACGCCCUCGGUCGACCGGGUGAGGUGGAUGAAGUGGCCCAGAGCAUCGCUUUCCUGGCGUCUGACGCUGCGAGCUUCAUUACUGGAGUCAAUCUACCUAUUGAUGGAGGCCGCCAUGCCAUGUGCCCAAGAUAAGCUAAUGUAUACUGACAUAAACUCCUCUGCUAAUCAAGGGCUUUCAAACUCCGAGUCUGUCUGUGUUUUUGUAAUCAAUAAUUUCAGUUGUCACGGGAAUUGAACUGAGGAGAGAUGUUGCAGGGAGGAAAAUGAAUUAGGCGUAACUUCAAGGACACAAUUUUUCUCUGUUUACAACGGUAGUAUCUGUCAGGAUUUGACAGGUCCAGGUGUGAAAUGAACAGAAGGAAGCUAAAAUGCACUUCCCUAAGCAGGCAGUUUAAAUGCAUUUUAUUAUCUUGCUUUGCUGCAAAGUUUCCUAUGGUGACGGGGGG